GAAAAAGAAGAUGGCCGCUUCUGGAGGUACGGAAAUGACAUCUGAAAUAAUCUAGUCUUCUGAAGAUAUUCUGCAAUCAGAUGUUCAUUAGAAGACAUCCAAGUUGCUAUGAUGAGUGCGGACUCUCAAACGCUUCAAGCCAAGUAUCAGAAAUUGGCUGCAGAGUUUGCAAAGCAAAGAGCACAGAACACGGUUUUAAAGAAGGCAGUUAUCGAGGAACAAGAAAAAACCAAGACCCUUCAAGAAACAUUGCGGCAGAAGGACCAGGCCAUUAGAAAAUAUGAACAGGAGAUCGACAGCUUACAGUUCAGAAAUGACCAGUUGUCAAAGAGAGUGGCAGUGUUGCAGGAAGAGCUUGAUGAUUACGAUGGAAAGAAUAGAAGAGGAAAGUCAAGAAUUGAUGGUGUGGCAAAGGGAGAUGUCAAUGAUGUAAAAGAUCAAGAACUUCAGAUAAAAAUCCAAGAAAAUGAGAGGCUGCAGCGGGAGUUGUACGAAACCACACAGGAACACAGAGGAACAAUAUUGACUCUUCAGGAAAAGUUAGAAUCAUUUGAAAGAAAUUCAACUGAUCACCAAAAGAUUUUAGAUGAAGCUAAUGGGAAGCACAAAAUGGUUGUUGAUAAACUCAAUGAGGAGAGAGCUUUACUUGAGGCAAAACUCCAUAAGACAGAAGAGGAAUUAAAAGUUGCAAGUUUAAAAGCAGAAAAAGGUCACCAGCAACUUAAGCUCUUACACAAGGAGAUGACAUCCAGAUAUGAUGAUGUUUCUAAAGUUGUCACUGAAAAACUUCCAUUUAAUGAUACAAGCAUCAGAGAGCUAAACAAGCUUAAUGUACCAACACAUGAUCGUAGGCACCAGGUGAAAGCAAAGGAAUUAAUUUGCCAAGCAGUUGAACUUGUUCGUGAGCUGGUGUCAGGAAUGUCGAACUUUCUUACCUACACUGAACAGCGACUCAAGACCUUCUUUGUUGAAUCAGCUCAGUUGCAGAUCAGCCCUGUUACACAGAAGUUUUGUGAUUACCUUCAUGGAAAUGCAACAGUACUGAGAGCUGUGGAUCAAGCAUUUGUUUCAUUCUACAGUAGCAUCAAAACAGACUCUUUGAUUUCUUUGGAAACCAUACCUGGUUUUUAUGAUUUUUCUGAAGCUUUCCAUAGAUACAGCAAUUACUUAAAGAAGCUUCUUCCAUACUUUGUGUUGAGCACCAGUGAGGAAUGUAAGGCCUCAACUUGUUCCACCACACUAGAAGCGUACAACAACGCUCUGCUGCACUCUCUCAGGAAGCUUAUCACAGUAUUCAAUAAGAUCGAUACUCACAUUGGCGCCUUGGCCUCAGCAAGCUCUGGAUCUGAAGGAAUUCUAUCAACCAAUUAUAAUGUUUCCUUUAUGCAUCUUAACUCUGCCCUGCAGGAACUUCAUGAAUGUGUCAAAGUAUUAUCAACGAACUUCCAGUCCAAGGUAUCUCUUGAGCAUCAGCUACCCACGGCAACACAGACUAUGAAAAGUACAGACGAAUGUAUUGUUUCUUCUUUAGUGUCUCUGCUGACCACAAGUGCCAAGAUAGGAAAAUUUAUGAGUGGCAACUUGGAUUUCUUGUCAACAAAUUCUGGCGUCAGAACAAGAGGAAUGACUUCUGCUGCUGAGAGCGAGCUCACUUCAUCGCCAGCUGUCUUGGAAUUCAGACAUCACGCUGCCGACUACAUACAAAAACUAAUGCGGCCAUCCCCGGAGUCAGUUCCUUACAGAGUAGCACUUCGAAAUCACAAGGUCCUGAUAAGUUCGACAGAAAGCAAAGAUUCCUUAGAACAGCAGAUUGCAUUGACGCGCGAGAAAGUUUCCAAGCUGGAACAAGCCAAGGAACAUUGGAUGUUAGAGUCUCAACUUUCACAAGUAAAAUAUGAAAAGGAAGUUAAGAAAGUACGAGUUCUGGAGGAAGAGAUAAACAAACUGCAGACUGCGAAAGGAGUACUUCCAGCAGUAGACGGCCUGUCGUCUAUCUCGGACGAAACUGGAUCUACGUCAUCGCAUUCAUCAAUGACGUCACAUAGUUACGAGGUCCAGGCCCCGCCGUCUGAUCUUGGAGAAGUGGCGCUACUCAACCAAGCCGAGGGAGCAGAGGAUGUAACACGGGAAACACUGAUCAAAAAUCAUUUUACGCAAAGAGUAGCUCAGCUUACUUCACAGAUGCAAUUUGCGGAGAGCAAGACUGUAUCCAUAACUGCAGAGUGCCGCGCUCUGUACCGACGCAUGAAACAGGCUGAAAAGACGAAACAAGAACUCGCAAAAAAUCUCAAGACAGCUACCUCAAAAGUCAGCCAACUCGAGGACGAGGCGGAGACAAUCAAGCGAAGCUACGAGACACAGUUAUCAAUGAUGAGCGAUCAUUUGUGUGGAAUGAACGAAAAGCUCACCUCACAGCAAGACGAAAUAGAGGCCCUGAAGGGUGGUAAGACGAAAAAGGGAAAACAGCGGUAACGAAGAAAGAUUAUAUUUUCAAAUAGAGACAGUAAUAUUGUGAAGAAGAAAAGAUUUCGGAAGGUUUUAUUGUUAUAUGAAAUGCAGAUUUUACAAAAUGGCCAUCAAAAUUUACCCGGAGGAUUAUUCGAUCUGUGAUGCCGUAUAAACACCUGAAAUAGCACUAAUAUUUUGACCGAUGCCCUUAAAUAUAUAUAUUUUUUUUCUCAGUAAGAUUUGAUACUUUCUCGUUGUUUACUUCAUUUUUGAGGGUUGUCCAAUCCACCCAAGUAUUGGACACGUUUGUUCAUUUUCAUCUAGUUUCUAUAAUUUUAUUCUUAUCUUUCUUUUAAGGGAAUAUUUCUCCUCGGACAAGCUCGAAAUAAAAAUCUAAAAUUCUGAGACUCAUCUCGCCAAAUAAACCAAGGUCUUACUCACCUACUAGGUGUUACACCGCAGUGUUUUGAAUUUUGUUUUAUUUUUCCUUUUUAAAUACUUUCGUCUAUAAAAAUCGUAUGGAAUAUUAUGGACUUGUUGCCGGAUUGAGUGGAAGGGCAGGACGGGUCCUAAAUAUUUGGCCCGAGGUUAUGAUUGCGCACGGUCCAUGAAUCAUAACCGUGAGCUAAAUAAUUUCCCGGCCGGCUCUAUCAAACUCAGUUAGUAGACAUUGAAAAUUAAGAAGAAUUAAGAAAGAGUUGCAUGUUGAUCAUCUGUGGAAGUUAGGACUGUAAACCCAUAAUGAAACUUCAGACCAGUUGAUAUUAGCAUGUAUCAACAAUUCUGUAACUUUGAACAGCUUUGUAAGAAAUUUUUGUAAUAGAAUUCUACGGACUGAUAAUAGAAUUUGAUAAUUUGUAAUUUAA